AUGCGUCUCGCCAUACGUGGCGAGCAGCUCCUAACGUCGCCGCGCUUCAACAAAGGGACCGGGUUUCCUACGAACGAGCGUAAGGCCUUCGGUCUAUCGUCUCGCAUCCCUUACCGUGUCAACACCAUCGACGAGCAAUGCGAGCGCGCGUAUGGGCAGCUGCGAGCCCGAGACACGCCAAUUCGCAAGAAUACGUUCUUGCAAAGUUUGAAGGACCAGAACUGGACGCUGUAUUACGCAUUGUUAUCCAGGCAUUUGAAGGAACUGGUGCCCAUCAUUUAUACGCCAACAGAGGGAGACGCUAUUGCCAGUUACUCACACUUGUUUAGGCGCAGCGAAGGCUUGUACUUGACGUUUCCUGAACAAGAUUCGAUGGAACAAGAUUUUCUGGAACAAACACAAGGGCGGGAGAUUGACCUGUUCGUGUGUACUGAUUCCGAAGCAAUUCUUGGAAUCGGUGACCAAGGCGUCGGAGGAAUUGGGAUUUCGACAGCAAAAUCAACAAUGUAUACGCUUGUUGGAGGGUUGGAUCCGUCUCGCUCAGUUAGCGUGGUUCUCGACGUGGGAACAAAUAACGAAGAUCUUCUCAAUGACCCUUUAUACGUGGGAUGGCCGUUCAGUCGUGUCCGCGGAGAAGAGUACGAUAAUUUUGUGGACAAAUUUGUCCAGCUCGUUCGAAAAUACUACCCCCAUAGUCUUCUCCACUUCGAAGACUUUGGAGUGACCAACGCUCAUCGCAUCUUAGACCGAUAUCGCGAUACACACGCCGCCUUCAAUGACGAUAUCCAGGGAACCGGCGCUGUAACUCUCGCAUGCAUCAUGGCUGCCAUCGGGGUCUCCAGCCGCUCGUCAGUUAAAGGACAGGGGAAACGCCUAUCUGACCAGAGAUACAUUAUUUUAGGUGCCGGUUCGGCCGGCAUGGGUAUCGCGGUGCAGAUCCGUGACGCAAUGAUCACUGCGGACGGUGUCUCUAGAGAGGCUGCAAACUUGCGGUUUUGGAUGGUAGAUCGAGAGGGGCUGUUGUACCACCCCAGCUUCGAGGAGUUUUAUAGACCCGCCUCAGAAAAGUGGGACGAGAUCAUCAGGGUUGGAGCGGACGACGCAUCGACGAGGGUUGAGUUAUUGGAUACGGUGAAGGAAGUAAAACCGACGGUUUUGAUUGGGUGUUCGACUGCUUCGGGGGCGUUCACGGAGGAAGUGGUCAAAGCCAUGGCGGAGGCGCUGCAGCAGGAAGAUCCAGGAACUAAGCCCAUCAUAAUGCCUCUCUCGAAUCCGGGCAAGUUAGUAGAGGCGAAGCCGGAGGACGUCCUUCGUUGGACGGGGGGCAGGGCAUUAGUGGCGACGGGGAGUCCGUUUGGUAAUGUGAAUAUUGAUAUACAGGGGAAAGAAAAAGACAUCGCGGAAUGCAACAACGCGCUCAUCUACCCCGGUCUAGGCUUCGGCGCCAUCCUCUCCAAAUCGCGUCGGAUGACAGACACAAUGCUCUUAGCGGGAGCACGUCGCCUCGCGGCUCUGUCCCCUGCCAUCACAUCCGCCCGUUACGCCGGUGAGGCACUCUUGCCUGACUUUGACGAUGCCCCACGAGUGAAUUUCGAGAUUGGCGUAGCGGUGGCGGAACAGGCUGUGGUGGAGGGUAGAGAACAUGCCGCUGAUGGGGAGGAAAAGGAGAGGAUUUUACAUGAGGUGCGAGAACAUGCUGCUAACAAUGUGUGGGUCCCUGUCUAUGCGAAGUACAUCUAUGAUGAGGGGGGCCUGAAGGAGUAA